AUGGAUGAAUUUGAGGCUUCUGAGUCCCCUCCCGUAACCGAGGAACUCCUGCCAUGUAACAUAUGUGGAAGAAGCUUCUUUGCAAAAGUUCUUAAAAAGCAUACACCCAUUUGCCAGAAAGCUGCCUCAAAAAAGAGAAAGGUGUUUGACUCCAGCAGACAGAGGGCAGAGGGAACUGAUAUCCCGAUGAUGAAACCGUUAAAACCAAAGCCCGAGCCACCUAAGAAACAGUCCAACUGGCGCCGUAAGCAUGAGGAAUUCAUCGCAACCAUUCGAGCUGCACGAGGUCAAUCUCACGAGGGAGGUCCCCUUCCACCACCGCCUCCUCCAUCUUAUGACCCAGAUUACAUCCAGUGCCCCUAUUGCCAGAGACGAUUCAGCGAAGCCGCCGCUGAUCGACACAUCAAAUUCUGCAAGGAACAGGCUGCACGCAUCUCUAACAAGGGCAAGUUUCCAGGAGAAACCAAAGCCAAGCCUCCAGCCAGGUCCCAGUAUAAACCACCGUCAGUGAAAAAGGCAAAUUCUCCGGCGGUCUCCAGCGCGUCCCCCUCCUCUCGUUUACCUCAGCGCUCCGCCUACGGACAGUCUGGAGGAAUUCCCACCAGUAAAGCAACUUCUGCGGGGUCUGUAAGGAGCGUCUCCUCAGGAUACUCUCCGGUUCGCGCCGGCUCUACGGGCCUGACCAGUCCCCCAUCUGGCAUUAAUAUAAAACCCAGGGGUGUGGCUUCUCCGGGUUCCCUGAAAAACCCGUCAUCUGGUAUGGGGUUAAACAGAAAGAAAGUCUGCAAUGAAAACAAUUAUAAUUCCAGGAAUGACAUCAAAGGGGAGAACGAGGUCGACCAGUCCUCUGUUUCACAACCCAAGUUCUGUCAUGAAUGUGGGACCAAGUAUCCAGUGGACUGGGCGAAGUUCUGCUGUGAGUGCGGAAUGAAAAGGAUGUGUAUUUAG